AUGUUUUGGUGUGAUUCUCCAAGAUUGAAGAACCAAGCCAUUGCCGGAUUCAUUGUUACUGUUGCUGUGAAGACAGAGAAAUAUGCUAUUGUGAGAGGUUGUAGAGGGAAUUCCAGAGGAAAAGAAGUUGCAGAAGAUUCAAGUAAUUCGAAGCCAGAUUCAUUAACAAGGAAGGUUGAAAAUGAAGAUGAAGAUUCUUCCGAAAAUCUCAGACAGAUUCAUAAGUUUUAUUUUAUUUGUAACUGCAGAAUUUUGACCGGAAGAGGAAGAAUCCAUUUUUCAGGUUCAGCCAGAGGCUUCUUUGAAGUUGCUGCAAGGGAAUUCAAGUCUUGUAUUUACAAGCGACUUGUGUACAAGUCUGCAUGA